AUGUCUCUGGCACCUGCAUCCGCCUCAACCUCCUCUUUCCCCUCUCCCAACCCCAACCGUACACAUUCCUUCCCAUGCCGAUUCCUCCUCGACAACUCCACCUCGUCCAUCCUCACACUCCCCUCAGGCCGAAAACUAAGCUAUGCACAGUACGGCGAUCCAAACGGAAAGCCUGUUUUCUUCUUCCAUGGUCUACCCGGUUCCCGUCUCGAAGGCACAUACUUCGACGACCUAGGCAAAGAGCUAGGAGCCAGGAUCAUCUCACCCGACCGUCCAGGAUGUGGACAGAGUACGCCGCAGCCGGGCAGAGGGUUACUGGACUGGCCCAAGGAUGUGGAGGCACUGGCUGAACAUUUAAAGUUGGCUGAAUACUCAAUCAUGGUAUGUUUGCUACCACACAUACACUUCCGACCUCUUCCCUUGUUCGUCAUCCUCAUAUUGUUCGUCAUCCUCUUAUUGUUUUUGGUAAAGCAUGAUGCUUGA